AUGAACCAACCGACAGACCGCGAUCGUGGCAUAUUUUAUUGGUGCAGUAGAGAGGCCAGACCAUGUUUUCCGCCUCUGCCUGGCAAUCUGCAUCACCCUCCUCACCCUCCUCCAAGCCCUUAUCAAAAUUAUCCUCCUCAACCUAUCUCUCAUGUCCCAGCUCGGCAUCACGAUACCAAUCGUCACCAUCAUGAACCAGAUCCCUGCCGGCUUGUUCAAGUCUCUUACCGACAGCAACAGGAACAGCAACGCCCACCUGUACCUUCGCCUCUUGGCGCAUAUACACAUAGUUCACCACAGCCCAGUAAUUGCACAGGUGCGCCUCUUAUCUAUCAGUCGCCCUACGAGCAACGUCCAGGUCUCCCUCUAGGCACCAAGCCCUUCUACAUUCCACAGGACGCUUCCUCCAAGAAGAAGAACUAUCGAGCUUCCCAGGCAUGCGACAGCUGCCGGCAGCUGAAGGCCAAGUGCGACGAGACGAAGCCAUGCGGAAACUGCAAAGAAAGGCGAGUGGAUUGCAAAUACCGCGACCCGGUGCCCAAGGCGACGGAUAAGGCUCAAGCCGACAUUCUAGAAGGCCUCGGUUCGGUUCAGACUUCGCUGAAAUCGAUCAUGCCGUAUCUGGGGCGACUUGAUCAGAGAUUGAUCAACGUGGAGUCCCUCUUGCCUAAGCAUAUCGCGACUCUAGGUCCUAAGACGGAACCGUCAGUGGAGGACGAGUACAAGCGUGCGCCAGCAUCGCCUUACUUUGUCAACGGCGGUUCUGUAGACCCGUACUAUAAUGACGCCCAUCCCGACCACCCAUCAUCGGAGCCAAUGCCACUGCGUAUGAUGGCCGAAGAUGCCAUGGAGGUUGAACCUGGCCCACCCGUGGCCCCUGGAGAGCCCGCGAUUCCAAUCAACCAUACGACUUUGGCAGGCCUGCUGUUGGAAUGGCCUUCGAUUCGUGAGCUCACCAAACACCAUGUUGAGCGCGAAGGUGUCCGAUACAUCAGCGAAUAUCCCAUCAGUCAAGAACAGAACAGAGGCGUUCUGAUCGUUUUUGGCCGAGGUGAAGAUUCUCACCCAUCGCGACGUGUUCGAGAACCGACGGACCAUGAUAACUUGGACAUGGCGGACGAUUCAUCCAAUAUGGUAUCUCCUUCGCCAGCAUAUAAUUGGGGCCAGCUUGGUGGACUGAGCCCUCCAGAUCAGGUGGAAUACAAGGGAGACGCUUUGGUCGAUAGUAACCCCGAUUUCUCUGAGCCGAAGGUGUGGACAUACGUGGAGAGUUUCAAGGGAAACAUUCUCAACAUGCACCCUAUCAUUCAGCCCAAGCUUUUGGACUAUUGGGUCAGACACUUCCUGGAUAAUCUUCCAGCAUUGCAUCCUCAUCCAGCAACGUCACAACCCCCCAAGUCCAACUUUGUCGUUGCAGGAGGCUCGCAGACGUCACAGGCUACAGGCUCAAAGAGAAAGCGAUCGCCAGGGCCGGACGGCUCCGAGUCACCAAUACCUGCUCCACCUCGCACUGCUCGACCAGAUCGAUCCAUCCAUACUGCCCUGGUUCUCACAGUUCUGGCUUUGGGUAAAGUGUGUCUUCACCGCGAUAAUGUGCCCGAUGUCGUCCAUCCUACAGAGCCUCCUUCUCAUGACAGCCCAGUCAUUGGCAAUGGAGCCAUCCCGCCAAGGGCCAAUCGAUGCUCUGGCCCAGCAUAUUCAUCGCACUCGCACUCGCAUUCAUCAGGUCUGCCCUCACCACAGGCGGAAGCGGGCGAGAACCCUGACAACUGCCCAUCAAUCAGUGGCGUGGGUGCUUCCGGCGCUGGUCACAUCUCCAAGGAAAACUGCGAGGUGAUUCCUGGCUUAGAGUACUUUGCAUAUGCUACGGAUAUCCUUGGCAAUCACACUGGCGCGUACAACAACAUGGAGGACGUGUACGCCAACAUCUUUGCUGGGUUAUAUCAUGGCCAGCUGGGUAGACCAAUGGAGAGUUUUGCUUUCAUUAACAGGGCCAGCCACAAGCUGCAGGUCAUUAUGCGACCGAGCUUGGACAAAAUGAGACGAAUCAAGCGCAACAGCGAGUUCAUUCAGGAAACCAAGUACAACCAACUUGCUCUCGCAUUCUGGACUUGCCUGCAGCUAGAAAGUGAUCUUAUUGCAGAGAUGCAACUCCCUCCAUCAGGACUGCUCUCGCACGAAGGUGAUAUGCCGCAGCCCAACAUGAGUCUCUUGGAAGGGUUCGACCAGCGUAUCUUGGACAGCUACCUAGGCCAGCUGUAUCUGCGGACUCAUCUGAACAGCAUCCACCGAAUGUUCUACGCCCCUGAAGAUCCGUCUAAGCCAGGCAAUCAUAAGUUCCGAAAUGUCGACGUUGUUUCUAAUGCUGUCUCGGGCAUGCAUUGGGUCGCCCCCAGCUUCGCAUUCAGAGAGGAUGACCCACCCGCAGGUGAUAUUCUGGCAGCAAGGUUGCGGGCCAAAUAUUGGGGAGCCCAGGUGAUUACUUAUCGCCCGUUCAUCGAACAAAUUCUGCAGUUCUCGCACUCCAUCAAGAACCAUGCAUCGAGCCCCAACUUUCCCAGUGUCAGCUCCGAGUUUCGACAGGAUGUUACGGCGCCUGUCAUUCACCCCAAAGCCAGAACGCACGGCGAUAUCGAUCCUCAAAUUGUUGAGUUGGCUAAGAAGGGCAUCAAGGCGCUCAUUGAAAGCACCCGUGCCUUCCACGGUCUAGGAGACAAGAGGCCGAUUAUCACCAAUGUUUUCGGCACAGCUCACGCGCAAUGGGGCAACCUGUUAAUCUUAUCAGCUGCAUUCCGUGACCCAAUCCUUCGCACUUACGUGGAUAAAGAACUCCUCGGAACACUGUUCCACAAGACGAUGCAGUUCUUGCGACGAAGAGAUCUUUUCAGCUAUGAUCAUCGGACCAACUCAAACUUCUCGAGCGGCACAAGCGCGCCUGGCCACCAUACUCCAAAGCCUGUUUCCAUGGCUGCGCCGCCUCAGAUGCCUCAUUCAACGGUCGAUCAAGGAUAUCCACGAUCCAUGCCUCACUAUUCACAUACGAACCCAUUGCUCCGGCAGUGA